AGGAGGCGGAGGGCAGCGUCCGAAGGAGCCGAGGAGUCGGGCAGGAUGAGACGGAGACUCCAUCAGCUGGAGAAAGAGAGACUGGAGCUGACCACCGCACACAACCAGGAACUGUGCCGGCUGCAGGCCGAGCUGGCCCGUCUCCGGGCCAACGUGGAACGGGGGGAGGCCCAGCGGGCCGAGCUGCAGUACCAGCUGACGGCCAGCCAGAGAGACGCCACCCGGGCCGCCUCGCUCAGCCGAGACAAACACGCGCUCACAGAGCGAGCGGCAGAGCUCCAGCUGACGGUGGAGGAGCUGCAGAAAGUUGUGGACAUCACCCGGCGGGCCAGGGACGAGGACCAGCAUGCAUUGCAGCAGGAAGUGGAGGAGCGAGAUAGACUGAUUCACAACUUCAGCUCGGAAAACCAACGACUGCACCGCCUGCUGCAGGAUCAGGAGGAGGCUCUGGGGGAGUCAGAGGAGAGGAUGACGGCGCUGCAGAAGGAGAGAGAGAAGGAGAGAGAGAAGGAGGCCGAGGCCAACAGACGACAGGCCGACGAACUGAAAUACCUGGCGGAGAGAGAGGAGAGGAGCAGGAGAGAGAAGGAGGGGUUGGACCAGAGGGUGAGGUCUCUGGAGUCGAACAUCGAGGCUGAGAGAGCAGCUCACCUGGAGACCAAGUUCAACUCUGAGAUCAUCCAGGUGCGUGGGCGGGACCUGGAGGCAGCUCUGGCGGCCGAGCGGUGCGUCCUGCAGGAGGCUCGGAGGGACCUGGAGCAGCUGAGGACUCGUCUCCGAGAGACGGAGCACGCCAUUGGUCUGGAAAGAGACCGGGCCGUCGCCAUGGAGACAGCCCUGGGUCAGGAGAGAGAGAGGGGCGGAGCCACGGAGCACGCCAUGCAGCGGCUGCAGCAGCAGUACGAGCAGUGUAAGUCUGACCUGAGUGUGGCUUUGGAAAAGGAUAAGACGUCAACCUCUGACCUCACAAAGCGGCUGGAGGAGGAGAAGAGACGUCACGCCGACACACACACUCUGCUGGAGCAGGCCAAUCAGAGACAGUCGGACUCGGAGGAAUGUCUGAAACACAUCAGAGAAACUCUCCAGCAACACAUUAACACAGUUGUAGCAAAGCAUGCUGGGAACUGGAGUCCUCCAGCUGAUGUCCUACAGCAGCUGGAGAUGGCGCUGGGACAGGUCCAGGAUCUGCUGGGGGCCUCGGAGAGGCUGCACAAAGACAACCAGAGGCUCAGAGGACUGGUAGAGGAGACGCAGCUGGUAUCGGUCAGACUGGAGGAGGAAGUGACACGCCUUCGCCAGGAGAGCUCUGAUUGGUCGACGCAGAGCCGGGGUCUGCAGGCCGAGCUGCAGAAAGAGAGGGAGGAGAGGGAGGGAGAAAAGGAAAGAGAGAGGGAGGAGAAGAUGGCAGAAGUCAAGAAGAUAACUGACAACUACCAGAAAGAGUCAAAUGCCCGUCUGUCCUUCCUCUACUGCGUCUACCAGCGGCUGCUCGCCGGCUGCGUCCUCCUCCGUGAGCCCCAGAGCAUGCUGGGAGAUUUCACCUGGACAGAGCUGUGUGAUGUCAUCAACGAACAGGUGGACCAGCUGACCUCAGACCUGCGGGGCGCCAACGACAAGAUCGCCCACCUGCAGAGUGUGUGUGAGAAGAAGAGUGUGUGUGUGCGCGAGCUGCAGCGCAGUCAGGAGUGUGUGUUGUCUCGUCUGGAGGAGAGCGCGAGGAGGAGGGAGGAGGCGUGGAGUAGCCAGCACUCACACACUGUCGCACAGCUGCAGGCGAGUCGUUCUCAGUGCGACUCCCUCACCUCCCACGUCUCCUCCCUCACCUCCUCCCUCUCCUCCCUGACCUCCGACCUCUCCCGUCUUCGCCGCCAGGCCUCUCGCGGCCGCGCCGAGACGCUCUCCUUCCUGUCGGCGUGCGCCCUGCUGGCCGGCGCGCUGCGGCACUCCCUUGCCCGCCUGUGCGCGCUCUCCGAGCAAAAGGCGCUGGCAUGGCGCUGGCUGGCGGCCCGGGAGGCGCUGGAGGAGGAGGUGCGGAGCCUCGCCGAGGCUCUCGGCGGCGAGGAAGAGGAGGGCGAAGAGGAGGGCGGGAGGAAGAGGAGGAGGCUAGCGGCGAGGAGGAGGUGGAGGCGAGGCGUGUGCGCGGUGUUGGCGGUGGGGAGGUGGCGAGCGCUAGCCGAAAGGAGCGCGGUGGUGUUUCGGCUGGAGAGGGAGGUCGGCACGGCGAUGUGCGUCUGCCGAGAGACGGCUACGGCAACACGGGAGGGUCAAGCAGCGGCGAGGACAGGUCAAAACGCUGAUGAUGAAGGUGUGUGUGCUCGCUGGCUUCAUUCGAAAAGUCUCUCCUCCGUCAUUCUGUCCUCCAUGGCCGACCUGCAGGGGGCGCUAGCACACACUGGCUCCUCCCCUCCAGACGUGACGUCAGUGGCUCGUUCCGCUUUGUCCCGCCUCCUAGAUCACCUUCUCGACCAAUCAGACGUGGGGUCCAGUCUGUCUCCCAGCAGAGCCGACGAGGACACGCUUAGCGGCCGGCUGAGACUCGGCCUGAGCCGACUGACGCCUCCACUGCCCAGCACAAAGGCCCUGGUGUCGAACCUGCAGCAGCACUUCCUGCUCUUCAGCCAACGGCUGCACUCGGUGGAGGUGGAGAGGCGGAGCCUGAGGCUGGAGGUGGCCAAUCUGAAGAGAGGACUGAAGAACGAGAGAGGGGAGACCUGCAGGACGGUCCCAGCCCAGCGGCUCCACAGUGUGUGUGUGGAGCUCCGCCAGGCCCUGAACAGGGAGCAGGAGGCCCAGACUCUCCUCCAGGAGCAGACCGACCAGCUCCACACGCUGCAGCUACAAGCUAACACACGCACCACAGCUCAGGAGGACACGCAGCGCGCCCUGAGCCAGACCGCACAGUCUCUGGCCGAGGCUCGGCAGGAGGCCAGCCGCAAGGAGCGCUCGCUGAGGAUUCUGGGUAAGCACCUGUCGGGCGUGCAGCGGGACAGGAAGCAGCUGGAGCAGAGGCUGCAGCGGGCCGAGGCCGAGCUCACGGACGCUGCCAGGCGUAAAGACUGUCUGAUCAGAAACAUGAAGGCUGCAGAGACCACUUACAGAGAGGUCAGAGAGGGUCUCGUCCAAUCACGUUGCUCCCUGUCCACUCAGCCCCGCCCCCUGUCGUUACCCAGGGAACACCUUGAACUGAGCGGAGCAGAGAGCAUCAUGGGAGCUCCUGAGCUGGCAGCGUGCCAGAGUUUUCUCUCCUCCGUCUCUCAGCUCUUUCACACCUGCAGCUCCAGGAUUGAUUGGCUGGAGCAGGAAGUCUCCGCCCACCGCAGUCAUGUGACUGCGCUGCGCGGCGAGCUGCAGGACGCCUGUCUCCGUGACAACCAGGCCUACGUACCCGUGGCUGAUUUCCCCCAGACGAUUCCAUUGGCUGACGAGGAAAGCCCUCAGCCUGUCCCCAGCUCUGAUUGGUCGAAGGAGUCAUCGGUCAGUUUAAGCACCGCCCCCUCUCAGGCAAACCCCGCCCCCUCCAAAGCCCUCAGACGUCCCAAAACGAAGGAGAAGAAAGCCGUGAAGAAGCACAGAGCUGGGAGAAGAUAGACACACACACAGACAGAGAGACACACACACAGACAGAGAGACACACACACAGACAGAGAGACACACA